UCUGCACUGACAUUCGUGCCGAGCGUACUGUUUGAUCGCGGCUCAAGUUGACUCGAUAAUUCUAGUUUAUAACCAAUUAACAAAAAGUGGUCUCUGUGUUCUGUGAUUUUGUGAAGUUUUGAUAACGAGCGUAAUGGAGGCUGGAGAUUUCAAGGACUUCGCUAAGGCGAUGACUGACUACAUAACCGAAUACUUGGAAAAUAUCCGAGAUAGACAAGUAGUGCCGUCCGUGAAGCCGGGCUACCUCCGGCCGCUGGUGCCUGAGCAGGCGCCGCAGCAGGCGGAGCCAUGGACGGCGGUGAUGGCGGACAUCGAGCGUGUCGUUAUGUCCGGCGUCACCCACUGGCACUCGCCGCGCUUCCACGCCUACUUUGCCGCUGCAAACUCUUACCCGGCAAUCGUAGCCGACAUGCUUAGCGGCGCGAUCGCCUGCAUUGGGUUCACCUGGAUCGCAAGCCCAGCGUGCACUGAAUUGGAAGUAGUGAUGCUGGACUGGCUAGGUCAGAUGCUUAGUCUGCCGGAACCGUUUCUUGCUCGCUCCGGCGGCGAGGGCGGUGGAGUCAUCCAAGGGACGGCCAGUGAGGCUACCCUUGUAGCUCUGCUCGGCGCUAAAGCCAGGACCAUCCAGCGCGUCAAAGAACAGCACCCUGAUUGGACCGACGCACAGAUUCUGUCUAAACUUGUGGGCUACUGCAACAAGCAAGCCCAUUCAUCCGUGGAGCGCGCUGGACUGCUGGGAGGCGUGAAGCUGCGCACACUGAGACCCGACAACAAGCACCGCCUGCGCGGCGACACGCUGAAGGACGCCAUCAAAGAGGACCUGAAGAACGGGCUCAUACCUUUCUAUGCUGUAGCUACAUUGGGUACUACAUCAUCUUGCGCCUUUGAUGUUCUCGAUGAAUUGGGUGACGUUUGCAACACUCAUGACAUUUGGCUGCACGUGGACGCGGCGUAUGCUGGCUCUGCAUUUAUCUGUCCAGAGUACCGCUACCUGAUGAAGGGUGUAGAAAAGGUGGAUUCCUUCAACUUCAGUCCUCACAAAUGGAUGCUCGUCAACUUUGACUGCUCCACCAUGUGGCUGAAGAAUCCACGAUGGGUCGUAGACGCAUUCAAUGUCGAUCCACUUUACUUGAAACAUGACCAUCAAGGUGCCGCUCCUGACUACAGACACUGGCAAAUCCCUCUGGGACGUCGUUUUAGAGCACUCAAGUUGUGGUUUGUGUUGAGACUGUACGGAAUUGAGAAUCUCCAGAAACAUAUCAGGAAACAAAUAGGACUCGCGCAUUACUUUGAAGAAUUCUGCAACAAAGACGACAGAUUUGAAAUAUAUGAAGAGGUCACCAUGGGUCUUGUAUGUUUCAGAUUGAAGAGGAACAAUGAGAUAAAUGAAGAGCUUUUGAGAAAUAUAAAUGGUAGAGGCAAAAUUCACUUAGUCCCGUCGAAGAUUGAUGAUGUUUAUUUCCUAAGAUUCGCUAUUUGCUCCCGCUUUACAGAGAAUUCUGACAUCGACUUAUCAUGGGAAGAAAUAAAAAGUUGUGCAGAUGAGGUACUUAAAGGAGUAUCUAAAUAUUAAUAAAGAUAUAUUACACAUGACAAUAAUGGAAAUAAUAAAAAGACACAUUUAUUGUUGGUUAUAAGUAACUUAAUAAGUUGCUAUUUAGAUAGUAGAAUUUUGAAUGCUAUUGUGAUAAAUAUUUAUAAAUUGAUGUAAAUAAAUUUGAUUGAGUUACAAAUACCAUCUUGUUAAAACAAAAUAACUGCUAUGAAGUUUAACUGAAUACGUGUGGUAUGAAAGAAUGAAUCAUGUAAGUCGUGUAGUUAUUCCUACACCGUCUCUUCGUCGGCCUCGCUUUGUAAAAGUAUUAAAGUAUAUAGUUUACAUAUUAUUUCUGAAUUAUUGAAAUACCUAGACUAUGCUAAGUUAAUGUAACUUUAAUAGUUUAAUGGAGUAAUCAAAAAAUAAUUUUUAUAUUAAGUUGUGAUCAUCCAAUUUAU